AUGCAGGAAGAGAUGGAACUGAAGAGCGAGAGCGCUGUGCGGUCAGUGCCCGCAGGUAAUUGGAACGGUGCCUAUGAGAGCGCGACAAUGCGACAGAAACAACAACUGGAGAGAUAUCUCAACUUCUUCUCAUCCGUCGCAUUCUCCGCGUGUCUACUUGCCACAUGGGAGUCUGCCGGUGGUAGUUUGCUCGCGGGGCUAUACAAUGGCGGCCCUGCAGCGAUUGUUUAUGGGAUUAUCUUGAGUACCCUGGGCAAUCUGGCUAUCGCGUGCUCUCUAGCCGAGCUGGCCUCUCUGUACGUCCAUAAAUUAUGGGUGCAAUGUGGCAGUGCUGAUAAGAUUGAUAGACACCCAACUGCAGGUGCUCAAUAUCACUGGAGCUAUUUCCUCGCACCUCGCGGUCGUCGAUUCAUCAGUUUCUUUCAAGGUUGGGUCACUGUCUUCUCCUGGUCCGCUCUCGUCUGUAUCGCACCAUACUUCAUUGGUACCCAAAUCCAAGGUCUGGUUGUACUGGCGGACCCUGGCUACGAGCUUCAGAGAUGGCGAGGUACGCUGCUCAUGUGGGCAGUUGCAAUCAUCCCGAUUGUCAUCAAUAUAUUUGCGCGUCGUGUUCUGGGAGCCAUUGAGGUUGCUGCGGGUAUCAUGCAUGUCGUCUUCCUACCUGUCACCAUCGCCGUCUUCGUUACUCUCGCCCCUCGAAACCCGGACUCAUUUGUCUGGGACACAUUUGUUGGCGGCUUAAGUGGUUGGAAAGAUUCUGGAGUUGUAUUUUCCAUCGGUCUCCUUGGUGUCAUUACUCCUCUGGCUGGCGUCGAUGGCGUAAUCCACAUGGCCGAAGAAAUCAAAAAUGCCAAAGUUGUCGUCCCUCGCUCCAUGAUCUAUGGGACUUUGAUCAAUGGGACUCUCGCAUUCGCCUACCUGAUCACAGUCCUCUACUGUAUGGGCGACUACACAGAAGCCCUCACUAGCGCAACAGGCUACCCUAUCAUCACAAUCGCCUACCAAGCAACUGGAUCUAAGGCAGCCACCUACGUCCUCAUGGCAUUGGGUAUGCUCCCCGGCUGGAUUGCCCUCUUCAACGGCCUUGCCUCUGUCACGCGUCUCACCUGGGCUUUCGCUCGAGACAACGGACUCCCCUUCUCCGAGUUCUUUGCCUUCGUCGACCCAACCUACAAAAUCCCCCUCCGUGCUCUGCUUCUAGUUGCAUCAUGCAUCUUCGUGCUCUCGUUCAUCCAGAUUGGGUCUACGGCUGCGUUCAACGCUAUUCUCUCGCUUAGCACGCUCGGCCUCUAUAUAUCAUAUCUUAUCCCUCUCGUCCUCCUUGUCCUAAAGCGCUUCAUGGCGCCCCAGGAUAUACCAAGGGGAACAUUUAGUCUAGGGAAAUUUGGCCUCCCCAUGAAUCUUCUCGCCAUUCUCUUCGCUACUUAUUUUGUCAUCUUCCUUCCCUUUCCGGCAACGGUCCCGGUUACCGCGGAGAACAUGAAUUAUGCUGGACCUGUUCUUGGGUUUGUUAUGUUGUUUGCCUGUGGAGAUUGGAUUGUUCGCGGACGGCAUAAAUGGGAAGGUCCAGCAAUGAGGCCUUAUGCUAGAAACGAGUAA